AUGCAUCUCUCCAAGUCUUAUACUCUGCUUGUCCUGGCCCUCGCGGCAGGAACAGCCACCGCACGUGCAGCGGAGGAGGCAAAUGCUUCCACUGAAGGCACAUCCAUUGAGAGGCCCGCUGCCACCACUUCCGCGACUGCAAACGAGGCUACCACGACCGAGGUCACGUCUGCCGAACCUCUUGAGACAUCCUCCGCUGUCACUUCUCAGGCGGAGGAGACGAUUACCUCUGUCUCUGAGACUCCUGUGGUUGCCGAACCUCUUGAGACAUCCUCCGCUGUCACUUCUCAGGCGGAGGAGACGACCACCUCUGUUUCUGAGACUCCUGUGGUUGUUGUGUCCAGCACUGAUUCUAGCACUGCCACUCAACUCAGCGUUCAACCUACCGUCCAGCCAAGUGGUCAACCAACUGAUCAGCCGAGUGUCCAAUCCAGCACUCAACUUAUUGUCCAGCCUAGCACUCAACCCAGCGUCAUCGCUAAGCAACAAAUCUCCCCCGCCCAAUCCAGUGGCAGCGCGCCUAUUCAGUCAAGCGCUCUUAUCCCUGCUCCCAGCGCCGUUGCGCCUGGUGCUCCUGCGUCGAGCGUCCCGGUUAUCCCAGUCGGCUCCCCUGCAGCAACAAGCGCGCCUCUCAUCAACACCACCCCCGCUGCGUCAAGGACAACCCCAAGCUCGUCCGCCCACAGGACCACCACCACCACCCACAAACCCACCACGACGAGCUCGCAAGGGGAGGUUAAUGUCAAUGAAGAGAACGCCCCGUCUGGACCGUCGGCCACCGCCACUCCUAUCAACCCCGGUUCCAAGCUAAUUAUUCCCGGUGUUGCUAGCUUGGCUAGUGUGGUUUUGGGGUUGUUCUAUCUGGCUUGA